CCUCCAGCAGAACACAGACCCAGAAUGUAAUGAAACUCCUGCAUGGAAGAGCAGGAUGUCUGGCAGAUCUGGGAUCAGGUGAUGGGCGACUGAUGCUUUUGGUGGCUUUCUGCAGAUGACUACUUUCUGGUAUUUGCUGCCACUGUAGAGGGUUUCCAGUGCACUGGCUUUGAAAUCAAUUCUAUCCUAAUUGGAUAUGCCAGAGUCAACGCAAAGUGGAAGGGAAUACCAUCCAGCACUGCCCGUUUUAUAAACCAGGACUUUUGGGAGGUAAGAUGUUGUUAAAAGUAAAGUAUAAUAUUCCUGUGCUAUUUCAACUGGUCUUCCAUUGGCCAUUCAAAGAAUUAGUCCUGCCCUUAACUCAUGCCAUUGGUUGAGUAAGUGUGGCUGUUUUACGAUGCUCAAGCAAACACAAUGACAACAGUGUUGAAUAAGUGUUUCCAAAUCAACCUAAAGGGGAAAAACAAGGUCAGAGUUUCACCGGAAAGCGUAGUUCCACAAGGAGCAGACUAGUCUUAGACUAGUCUUAAAAGUUAGCCAUAAUUUUUUUCAGGACUGAGCCUAGCUAUUUCAAGUCAGUUACAUAGAAAGGUGGAUUGUUCUAAUUUGAAGCAAAAAAGUAAGAUGGAUUACUUCCUGUCUAACUGCUGGUUGAACUGCUUGAAAAAUUGCACAUAUCGUGUUCAGAUUUUAUCAGAUUUUAUUUCAGAUUUGAUUUCACAUGUCCAAGUGUUGAUGAUUCAAUUUUACCAUUUCCUUUCACAGACCAAUUUGUCCAAAUAUAACAAUAUGACUGUUUUCUUGGCACCUGGAGUGGUAUGUAUGCGCAGAUGUCCUUGCUCCAUUUGUACUGAGCUGAUAAAAAGACAAUUUGAGGACUGUUUUAAAAAUAGAGAAAAUGGUACAGUAUCUUUCAAAACUGAGUACAAAGAGACUUACAAAUUCUACACAUCUUUGUUGGAGAAGAAUUUAAGCUGAGGUUACCAUGGAGCUUUUUUGAGUAAUUUUUUAAAAACAUGAUGUGUGAGACAGAUGGCGAUGAACACAGUCCCACUUCUCAAUAGAAAACACUAAUGCAACAAAAUCAAUACAAUGUGGUCAAUACAAUGUGCUUUGUUGUCUACAGAUGGAGGUGUUGGGUAGGAAACUGGAGAAGGAGUUACCAGAUGAGGCUCGUGUGAUUGCCUGUCGCUUCCCAUUUCCCGACUGGACUCCUACAGCCACUGAGGGUGACGGACUGGACCAGGCCUGGGCAUAUGAUAUGAAUGCCAUACGGAAGCUUUCAACACACACUAUGAGAUGAGGAGAAAAGCACCUUUCCUUAAGUUGUGUCAAAAAGAUUUGUUUUGUGUUUGAUCUGAAAAAGUUACCUGUCACUUUAGAAGAUAUAUGCAAAGUAUAAAGCAUAUAAUAAUUACUUGUUUUUAAACUGAAGACAACAUUUUUUCCUCCUGUUCUGUUCCCAGGUGGGUUUGAUGUCCAAUGGCUUGUGUGUGCUGUAUAAUUUUAAACUAAACUGUGAAAUAAAGAGCAAACAUUGCCUUAAUGCCAACAAACUGCUCCUAUAAUCUUGGUAUUUAAAUACUGUAUCUCCUAGAACAGCAAAUCUAAAAAAAGAUUUGAGAAUUUUGAGGAUAAGAACAUGUUUCUCUAUCACAUGUAGUUCAGUCCUACAUUAUAGUUCCCACAAAUUAAGAAAAAUAAUUGUUUCAUUCAUUAAAAAAACGUCAAGUACGUUUAACAUUAUCCAUAAUAUUAAUUAUUUGUAGAUGUGAACUUGUGAAAAGUGCUUAACUAGGUUGAUCUAAAUGUAAAUUUAAAAAAAGUAUGUUAAAAUGAAAGCAUUUGUGCAUGAUUUUAAUGACUAAAUACAGUGAAGAAGGUCUGAUGUUGGACAGGUCAAAAUCCCAAUUUAAAACAAUUUAUUUUUUAUUUUUAAUGGAGCUUGCCAGAUGUUGUAUGUAACUUUGACCACAUGGUGAUGCUCUGACACUCUGAAUCAAUGCAUGGGAUUCAGUUCUAUUAAACGUACAAAUGAAUUUACGAUGGUUAAUUUAUUGAAUAUCAAUAUUUAGCCAAUAUCUCGCCGAUGCUUAUUUGUAUUGUGUAGGGUAUAAAUACCAUACCUUUAUCCGAAAAACAAGAUCUGUAGGACAUUUUUUCUGUGCCUGUCAGAGAUUCCAGUGUGAUUAUAUGAACCAUUGCACAGAUGUACCUGUUCUCUCCUAUAAAAUUCGUCUAGUAGGUGUCUGUGAAGUGUCUAGAAUGUUUAAUAAUGGAUAGAAUGAGGUAGUUCAGAUGACUGUACACCAGACCUCACGCGCCAUAUAGGGUCUUCCCCUCUCGUGACGCAGUUUGAUUAGAGUAGAGGCGCGCGCUGGGUGCUGAGGUAUAAAAGCGAGGAAGCACGCCGGUACAGCAGCACUGUGACAGUACACACAGUUACAGAGUUAUGGAGACACUAAGGAAUACCUCUUACCCAACUAUAACGGCAAACAACGAAAACAUGUGUGAGCUCAAUAAAAUAAGUGAGCAAGGAAGGAAAAAGCCAGAGGAUAACAGUCGGACAGGCACUGAGUAUUCCAGAAUCAUUACAGACCCCAAUACUGGGAAAUGUUACUGCCGGGGGAAAGUUCUGGGAAAGGGAGGCUUUGCAAAGUGCUAUGAAAUGACCGACCUGUCUUCAAGUAAAGUCUAUGCAGCCAAAAUCAUCCCCCAUACGCGUGUGUCAAAACCGCACCAGAGAGAGAAGAUAAACCGAGAGAUUGAGCUGCACAGAUCUCUCAGCCACAAACACAUAGUGCACUUCUACCACCACUUUGAAGACAAAGACAACAUAUACAUUCUAUUGGAGUACUGCAGUAGAAGAUCAUUGGCCCAUAUACUGAAGGCACGAAAAGUCCUAACAGAACCUGAAGUCCGGUAUUACCUGAAACAGACAGUGUCCGCUUUAAAAUACCUUCACGAUUUAGAGAUCCUGCAUCGUGACCUGAAACUAGGCAACCUGUUUGUGAGUGACUCGAUGGAUCUGAAAGUGGGAGAUUUUGGGCUGGCUGCCAAACUAGAGCCAGUCAGCAACAGACGCAAAACGAUCUGUGGUACACCCAAUUACCUGUCCCCGGAAGUGCUGAACAAACAGGGACACGGCUGGGAGUCUGACGUGUGGGCUCUGGGCUGCGUCAUGUACACCAUGCUCCUGGGAAAACCUCCAUUCGAAACCACAAACCUGAAAGAGACGUACCGCUGUAUCCGAGAGGCCCGGUACACCCUCCCGCCCUCCCUCUCUCUCCCUGCCAAACAGCUCAUUUCCGGCAUGCUCGCACAGAACCCUGUGGACCGCCCGCACCUGGACGGCAUCAUUCACAAUGAAUUUUUCACCCAGGGCUUCAUGCCAGAAAGUCUACCUGUCAGCUGCUGCCAUUCGGCCCCAGACUUCCACAUUUCCAGUCCUGCCAAGAGCUUCUUCAAAAAGGCAGCGGCGGCUCUUUUCGGCGGCAAGAAGGACAAAGCCAAGUACUAUGAAAAUAUAAAUCGCUUGGCCAAAGAAGAGGAAGACAUAUUCAAGCUCCGUCAAGACUUCAGAAAGACUGCCAUCAGCCAGCAGAUUACUACACACGUCUUAUCCGAGGAAGGAGGAAAUCCGUCAGCACCUACAAGAAAGCUUGUUACCCAGGCAACUGCCGGAAGGCUGCAGACAAGAGAUACCAUUCACUUGAUUGUUAGAGGCAGCUUGGGCAGCUGCAGCAGCAGCAGUGAAUGUCUUGAAGACACCACCACUGGCACUGUGGCUGAGGCUGUUAUUAGUGUUCUGAGAGGCUGUCUUGAACACAUGCCUAAAGCCGAUAGUCUUCCCAGAGGAAAUAGUUGUAAUAGUUUGAAGUGGGUGACUAAGUGGGUGGACUACUCCAACAAAUAUGGCUUUGGCUAUCAGUUGUCUGACAACACAGUGGGCGUCCUUUUCAACAACGGAAUGCACAUGAGUCUCCUCUCUGACAAGAAGACUGUUCAUCAGUAUGCUGCGCUCGGCCAGAAGUCUGUUUUCUCUGUUAUUGAGGCUCCAGAGUGUGCUGUGGCCCAGGUCACCAUCCUCAAGUACUUUGCCCACUACAUGGAGGAGAAUUUGAUGGAUGGAGGGGAUGUGAUAAGUGAACCAGAUACCCAGAAGACCAGAAUAUACCUUCUGCAGUGGUUGAAAUCAGACAGAGCUUUAUUGAUGCUUUUCAAUGAUGGCACAUUCCAGGUGAACUUCUAUCACGACCACACCAAGCUUAUCCUGUGCACACAGCAGGACGAAUACUUGCUGACGUACAUCAACGAGGAGCGAACCUCCACCACCUUCCAACUGAGCACGUUGCUGAGCACGGGCUGCAACGCGGACCUGCGCAAUCGUCUGGAGUAUGCCUUGAACAUGCUGUUGCAGCGAAGCAACUGAGAUUGACAGAUGAGGAGAACAGUUGGCCACUGACUCAGCAGGAAAUGAUGAUUUCUUUCAAUGCAAAUUAAGGCACAGAGGAGUUGUUGAACUGAAAGUCCACUGGAUGUGAGCUGGAUUGAGCUAUGGAAAGGUCUUCAAUAACUCAGACUCUGUAGAUUUACAAAUGCUGAAAUUCAGAGACUGUAGUGAAGAGGAAUGAUGUGUGAAAAGAUUAUAAAGAGGAAAGAAGAUCUGGGCUGGGACCAGGGAUCCCUUGACAAGAAAAUGACUUCUUGUGUGUAUGUGUGGUAAAAUGUUUAUGGAACACACAUGCAUGUCAUAAUCUGCAAAAAUGAUUGUUUUCCCCUCUGUCAUUACAGAAUAUUUAUUGUGUACAUAUUUCCUUAUUUAUUUAAUUAAUAAAACUCCAAAAUUCUAACA